AUGCUACCAGUCUCAGAGUCACAGUGCAAUGUUCAUGAAUCCAUGCCAUAUGCUAUCCGGUCGCACGGUGGUUUAACCGAACGAAGGACAUGGACAAGAUCGUCCAUAUUUGAGUCUGUUUGGGAUGAGUCGAACAUGACUAUGGCAUCAAUUCCGAACGACGAGUGCAAAUUUGUCAAUCAAAAUGUCCCGGACCAACCAAGGGGCUUGCUCGAUCUCUGA